UAACAAAAGGAGGUAAAAAUUAAUAAAUAAAAGCAUCAACAUUUCAGUGUUUUUACAUAUUUCAUUUAUAAAAUACAGUUCGACGAAAAUUGACGAAAUUAUUUAUCUGCAUUUUUUAAAAUAUUAUAAGAAAAUAUCGGUGUUUUUUUGGGGAUGUCAAUGCACCUAAAAAGCAUUCAAAUGACGCUCGUAGGUCUCGCUGCACGUAAACUUUCUAUUAAAAAGCGUAAUGCCAAACUGGCGGCUGCUUUCCCAAAUGGUGUACGUUGUCAAAAAUGCUUACAACUUGGACAUUGGUCGUACGAAUGUAAAGAGAAACGUAAAUAUGUACAUCGCAGUUCACGUACCAAACAACUUAAAAAACGCCUAGCUGACAAAGUAAGCGCUGAAAGUAAUGAGAGUAGUACAACAGUCGCAUUGAAAAAGGGAACAAAAGCAAAGCGUUCAAAACGUACACGCACUUCAUCCGGAUCAUCAGCAGGGAAUGCCUCGAAAGGAUCAAAUUCAGACUCACAAUCUUCUUCAAGCGAUAGUAGUUCGUCGGAUUCAGACGACGAUUCUUCUAGUGAUAGCAGUUCUUCAGAUUCAGAUAGUGACAGUGAUAGUAGUGAUGACGGUUCUGGAAGUGAUUCGUCUAAUUCUGGUACAAGUAAUUCAAGUGAUUCUAGCGACUCUUCCAGCUCCGAUGAGUCACCAAAAAAGAAGAAAAGCCGACGUACCUCUAGCUCAUCUAGUGAUGAUGAUAUUUGAUUGAAACAUUAACAAAUCAUAACGUUCUGAGAAGGACCAUAAUAAGCUUUAGUAGUAUAAGUUGGUAAUGCUGAGAGAUAACUGAUGAUAUAUAUUUCAUCGAGCAUUUUUCAUUUAUAUGUACGUAAACAAGUGACCAUUUUUAUAGUUUAAUAGUCGGAAAACUUUGCAGUAUAUUUCAGUUAAAACUUUGAACCAGCGCGUUUAAAAAUAG